CAAGGCCAUGUUCAAGGGUGCUGAUGGGAAGAUGGUGGGCCUCAAGAACGUGCUUUUGGUGCCCAACCUAGCAGCCAACCUGAUUUCCGUUCGGCGUUUGCAAAAGGCCGGCAUGGACACAUCUUCCAAGGGUUCGAAAACAUAUACCGCGAGGCUUGGUGAGCGGAAGCUUUGGGACCUUCAUGAGGACAGGGACAUCUACAAUGAGAUGUGGCAAAUCCCAGUGGUCCCCAUGCCUAAGGAGAGGCAAGUGGCAGCAAGCGUCAGCACCAAGAGUGAAGCGGAUGGUGGCGGUGAUCACGGAAAACAAAGUGACACCAAGAGUGACUCGAAGGAGUGCAAUCUUGGAGAGACCAGCAAGGCGUGUGAACCCAAGGAGAGUAGUGCAGCAGCCAAAGGUGGUGGAAAUGAGGAGGAGAAUCAUAAGAUCAGCAAAACAGCAGCGGCGAAGGAGAAAGGAGAGAGCUUGUGGGGCACAAUUGCGAGUGCCGCUUUCUCCAACCCGACCUCCGCUACGGGAGAGUGUGAUUGGCUGACCUUGCAUCGGCGAAUGGGGCAUGUGGCAUUGCCCAUUUUGCAGCAGAUAGUCAAGCAAGACAUGGUCAGUGGGAUACGUGUCAAGGGGGAGCCCAAUGAGGUGCUUGGCUGUCCAACAUGCAUGCAAGCCAAGUUCACCCGCUACCCGUUCCAUAGCUCGGAGACAACGGCGAAGGCACCACUUGAUGAGGUGGUGAUGGAUGUGGUGGGUCCCUUGAAGCUUGGAGCUGCUGGAGCUGAGUACUUCCUCACCAUUGUGGACGUCUACACUCGCAUGACUUGGGUAUAUGUGCUGCCCAAGAAGAGUGACGUGGCUGAAACGGUGAAGACCGAUUGGUUGCCGAUGGUGGAGCGGCAACAAGACCGACUUGUGAAGGCGAUUCGCACUGACCGUGGGGGAGAGUUCCUGAGCAAGAACUUCUCAACUUGGCUGAAGAAGCAGGGCAUAAGGCACUCUCUUACCAUGCCCUACUCUCCUGCAAUGAACGGCAUUGCCGAGCGUGCGAAUCGGACACUCACGGAGACGGCUCGGGGACUUCUCAUUGAAGCCGGUCUUCCCAAUUACUUUUGGCCGGAUGCGGUGCGGCAUGCUUGUGUGGCCAAGAACAGAGCCUUGACUCACGUGGGAGAAGACAAAUGGGUGCCCUAUGUGGAGUGGAUUGGAAGGAAGCCGAAGGUGGAUAUGCUUCGGGUGUUCGGGUGCAUGUGCAUGGCACUUGUGCCUAAGAAACUUCGGCACAACAAGCUUGAUGCCAAGGCAACAUGGGCCGUGCACUUGGGCAUGGCUCAAAACAGCAAGGGAUGGCUUCUUUGGGACCCAUUUACCAAGAAGUUCCUGGUGAGCAGAGAUUGCAAGUUCAUGGAGAACUUACCGUACAAGGAGUGGAAGGCGGAGAACCAAGCGAAGAUUGGUGUGCGGCUUGGAGAGGUGAAGAGUACCGGCUUGGAGCAUGUGGAGCUGCCCUUGGAGCUGAGUAGCAGCAGCACUAUCACAAGGCAAUCUCCUCAAAUGAAUGGGGGAGAAGAGGAGGAGGAGGUGCAGCAAGGUGAUGAGCGUACACCGUCACUUCCGCCUCGUGCUACAAGUGCUCGCGGGAACCGAGCAGAUUUGCAGCAACGCCAUGAGAGCAUCCAAGUCCCUGCAGUAGAGGAGGAAGGAAGGGGGAGAAGGAGGACUCAGCCCCCCAAUAGGUUGAGCUAUGAACGGCUUGGAGGAGCAGCCAACUCAACCUUGACCGGUUCGGCUCUCAUGCUAGGCGAUGAAGCGGAAGAUGAAAGCGAGGAGUGCGCUUUUGCCUUCUUCUCUCCGGUGGAGAUACCGGGGGAGCCUACAAAUCCCAAGGAGGCUUGGGAGGGCCCCAAUGGGAAGGAGUGGAAGAAGGCCUCAGAUGAAGAGAUGGGGAGCAUCAUCGAGAACGACACGUUUGACUUGGUGAACCUACCCCCGGGGCGUAAGGCGAUCUCUUCCAAGUGGCUCUUCAAGCGCAAGACCGACGCCGACGGCAACAUUGAGCGCUACAAGAGCAGACUUGUAGCCAAGGGGUACCAGCAGCAGGAGAAGAAGGACUACAAUGAAGUAUAUGCUCCUGUGGUAAAGGGUACAACCCUUCGAACCCUCUUCGCCGCGGCGGCCAUCAAAGGAUGGGUGGUGAAGCAAAUGGAUAUCGUAACGGCCUUCCUCAACGGAGUUUUGGAGGAAGAGACCUACAUGGAGCAGCCAGAGGGGUACAAUGAUGGGAGUGGCAGAGUGUGGAAGCUGAAGAAAGCACUCUAUGGCCUCAAGCAAGCCCCUAGGCAAUGGUACAUCAAGCUGCGGGAAGUCUUGGAGGCGAUCGGUUUCACUCCCUCAACGGCCGAUCAAUCAUUGUUCAUGCUUGGCGAGGGGGAGCAGAGGAGCUUCAUGGUGGUUUAUGUGGAUGACAUCCUCAUAUUCUCACCCUCCUCUGACCUUGUGAAGGAGGUGAUGCUGAAGCUUCAAGACAAGUUCAAGUGCAAGACCCUUGGUGACGUCAACUACUACCUUGGGCUUCACAUUGAGCGAGAUGUGGAGAAGCGGUGGAUGCGAGUGCAUCAAAAGAAGUACUUGGAGGCCUUGGCUGCAAACUUUGGAAAGAGUGAAGGUCAUGUGGCUACUCCUCUUCCCUCAGGGUUCAAGUGUGUGAAAGGACCAGCAGAGGAAAGUGUUGGUGAAGAGGAGAGGCGCCGUUUUCAUUCCUUGGUGGGCAGCCUCAUGUAUGCGGCCGUUCACACAAGGCCGGAUGCAGCCUUUGCUACCGGACAGCUAGCUAGGGUUGUCCAAUGCCCUAAUGAAGAGCAGGUAGCAGCUGGAGAGAGGGUGGCCAAGUACCUUGGCCAAACAGCAACUGUUGGACUGCAAUACUCCGCGGCGGCACAAAGGCGUCAAAAGGGUGCGGAUGGAGUCGAACCCGGGAGGCUCUUUCUCACCGCCUUCUCUGAUGCAUCUUGGGCAUCAGAACCAGAGGACAUGACAAGUGUGGGAGGCUUCAUCUGCUGUGUUGGUGGAGGACCAACAGCUUGGGAGAGCAAGAAACAAGUGGACCAAGCAUUGAGCUCGGUGGAGUCCGAGUACAUGGCACUCUUCCGUGCCAUAAGAGAGGUUGUGUGGCAGCGGCGUUUGCUAGCUGAAUUGGGGGAGGAGCAGCAAGGACCUACCCCCCUCUACUGUGAUAGCCAGGGUGCUAUUGCAUUGGCUAAGAACCCCGUUCUUCAUGGCCUUACCAAGCACAUGAAGGUGAAGUGGCAUUGGGUGAGGAGCAUGGUAACCGCGGGUGAAGUGGAGUUGCACUACGUGAAGACGACGGCGCAGCCAGCUGAUAUGAUGACCAAGAGGCUGGUUGAGCAGCAGCAUUGGAAGUGUUGCAAGCUUGCUGGGAUGGCUCUGAACUAAGGGGAGCAGAUUCUAAGGCC